AUCGAAAUGAAGAAAUUAGUUGGCAAAAACAUCUGUAACAGUUCAUUUCCGCGUUUUCCUUCACCACAAUACAUUUAAUUUACAAUUCAGGGAGAAAGUAAUUCAUUGUACACAUGUAAUAAAAUUGGGGAUUGGAAACAGCUGACGCGAACUACUUGUUAUUUAGAUAUUGAUUGGGACACGUCAGGUUGAACCGAAUUUCUUCCGGAUUUUAUCAUGGUGUAGUGUUGGAGCAAAACCCUCAACAGUGUCGGUGAAGAUGUCGGAGGAUGAAAACAGUCUGAACAAUGCCCCAGUCGGCAACAGAAUUGCACUCUGGAAGCAAGUGGAGAAACAGCACAAGGACAAGCAGCUCAUCAACCCCUUCUCCGAGUGGGAGGGGGCAUCAACCCGUGCCAAGCUUCGCCCAGAUGACCCAGAGUAUGCCCAGCCUGUGGCAGGUUCCAUGACAGCCAAGCGGGGCCAGGCAGCUGGCCAGCGCAUCUCGGGUGAGAUCCAGACCCUGAUUGACGUCAUCGGGCGGGUUGGGCAGCUGGGCGGUAAAGAUGACCCCAGGCCGCGGGUCACCUUCGGGAGGCUCUUCGAGGUCUACGUCAAGAUCUCCAACAAGCUGGUGGGGAUCCUUCUGAGGGCCCGCAAGCAGGGGCUGGUGGACUUUGAAGGGGAGAUGCUGUGGCAGGGUAAAGAUGACCACGUGGUCAUCACUCUGCUAGCAUCCACCGAGGGGAAGUACAGUAGCAGUUAGCCUCUACCCAGUCAGCAUGUACAUCUCAGAUUUCCCAGUUGGUAGGAGCAUUGAGGAAGGAAGACAAUAAAAGCAUAUCCUGAAAAUAGUUUAUGUAUACAUUUAGAUUCACUGAAAAUCUGUGUGUUUCUAUAGGUUUCCACAUUUGGUGGGAAGCUUCGGAAAUAAUUGAGAUUUACAAGGACUGUCUGAAGGAGUCAUUUCAGGAAAUUUUGCCCCUUAAACAUCAACAAACAUCUGAAACAGGUGUAGAUUGGGCCGUUCACCUCCCUCAGUAAUUUGACUAACAGCAGUACUCGUGUUUUUUUUGUUAAUAGUUAUUAACUGUUGAUUAUAUUGGAUGAUUUAUGUUUAAUGAGAUUCUUGGACUGUUAUUUAUUGUAUUUGCUGUUUAUCAAAGUUUCUUGCCAAAAAGUACAGAAUGUGUGCAAUUUUGUAGACUAACAAUUUCAAAUGCUGAUUUGGAGAGUAAGCACUUUUAAACACCGAAGACAUCCAAGACAGAUUAAGCUUGGCCUGUCAUUGCUUAAUGCAUGCACUACCGAGGGCAGUUUUUUAAUUACACUGGUUGUUUACAGUGUAUACAUGUAUUUUGAAAAAGAUGCUUACCAGGGAAGGUGAGGUGAAGCCCCCAAGUGGAAAAAAGGCUGGUUCCCAUUUCCCUCCAUACAUAUUUGUAGUUUGAAGGAGGGUGGGGGUUAGGGAACUACUUGUGAAAAGUGACAGUGUAUUAACCCUAACCCCCUAAGGUGUAUGCGAAAUCAUAUUGAAAUCAGAGGAUUUGGGACUAUUAGGGUUAUAGGGUUAAUGGCACCAGUUCACCAUUAUGUCAUAAGAAUAACUGGUUACCAGGGACAGACAGCCCCAUCUGGCCAGGGGCUCCACUCAAUAUUAAAUGAAGUUGUGGUUACAGAGUUGAAUUCAUGAAAUUUUGAGAAAACCUAAGGGAACCCUUUUUCAAAUGGCUGGUAGACAUCUGUUAACAAGGAUUCAAACAGUUCUUUUUAUAAAUGUGCCUAUCAGGCCUUACACACAGGGAUAAAAAUUCACAGAAACAAAACCAACUUUCACAGAAGGGUGAAUAAUAUCACAGACUUUUAUUUGGCCAAGCCGUUAACAAAUUAUAUACAGAGAAGCAAAGUGUAAAGCUGACAAAUACCACAUUUUCUUUUAUUCUGUCACCUACACAUCUCUACAAGUUUUGCCGUAAUUUGCUUGCAUUAUAUACAAAUGCCUUUUUAAAAAAUCAAACCCUGAACAAAAAAAUCAUUUAACUUCAAUGAGGAAAAGUAUUUGCUUUAAAUUUUGAAUUUAUCUUGCAAUUUAGAUAAACACUCUUAUAAUUUUCAACAACUUGUCAACCACAGUCUCUGCAAACUGGGGUAGACAGCCUAUGAUUUUGUACACACAUAUCUCUUUCUAGCUUUGUAGGAGAAAAGGAACAGAUUUUUUUGAAGAAGCAAUCAGAACUUUGUUGAAAGGUCUUUGAAGUAGGAAUUAAAAUGCAUGAAUUUAUACUCUUUAGUCAAAAGGAAUGGACUUUAAACACUUAACAUUCUGAUGAUUUUCAAUCUGGAAAUUCAACGAACUAGAACAAGUCUAUCCUACGACCCAACCAAACUACUAGGUUUGUAGAAUUUUUUAAUAUGUUGUCCCCACAAGAGUUUGUCAGUAGGAAGUUUAAUAGCUGGUCACUUGCCCAAGUCCUCCAAAUGCCAACUCCAUGCAGGGAACCAGCAAUGUAAUGAAGUCCAACACAGGCUGUAUGCACAAGUCCAAUCACAAGGUCCUUCACAAGUCCAGUCAAGUAACAGGAUGACAGUCCAUGACAAUGGAAUGCAUGUCACACUUCAUCACCGUUUUCACAAAAACACAAAUUUCUUACUGGAGAGUAAAAUCUAGGUUUCAAGAAAAUUGCAUCUUAAGUUGAUACUCUUUCAGAUGCUUAUUUCCCCUGUAUUUAUCACGCCUUUGACUUUGCCUUUGACCAAUGCUGCUGCAUGACGGGGUAUCUUAAAUGACGUAACUGCCAAAUAUUAUAGAAGUCAAUAAGAAUUGUUUAUUUAGUAAACAAAUUUGCCUCUUCAUGAGAACACUAAAAUUCAGGCGACUUUUAACUAUUCGUGAAAAUGUGUGCAAUUUUGCUAUAGCACAUGGCAAGUGAGAAAUUAUUGAAUUUGUAUACAUUGCUGGCAUCAAAUUUGCCUCUUCAUGAAAAUGGCAAAACAAGUUUACCCAUGACUUUGGCCUUUAUUGCUAACACUAUAUCUAUGGAAGAAAAAAUUCACCUGUGUGAACACGCAAAAUGUGGUUUAGUUGAAAUUUUCCCGGGUAAAUAUUCAUGAUUUGGCUGAUUUCAGUAGAUUUGGUAAAAAUGAUUACACCCAAGUUGUUGGCACCGCAGAGCCUAUUAAAUAUUGCCAAAAAACAGACCUUUGAAAAAGUCAUGAUUUUGAGCCAAAGUGUCUCUUUGUGAAAACGGUGACGACUUGAUUUGAAUAGCAUGUAACAUAAAUAGAGACUGGAUGACUUGUGAUAGACUUAUGAAAGGUUUGCAGGGAUACUUGUUUCUUACUUUGAACAUCUAAUAUGAAAUAACAGUUGCUGGGCUUGCCAGUCCUGCAGCAAUCAAAAUCCUAUCAAGUCAAGGGGGAUUUCCCAUAGCAAGUACAAAGAUCUGCUAAAUACCUAAAAAAUUGCUAAGCAAAGAUUAGCAACUGGCCAAACUGUUUAAUAUGCAAUCUUCAAUUGGGGCUGAUGUUUGAUCUCCAGAAAAAAAAGACAUUUGCUAGGCAAGGAUUUUUCCUGCUUAUAGCACAAUGUAAACUGGACAUGGUACAAAUGUUGCAGAGCUACCAGGCAGAAAUACGUGCUAAGCAAAAUUCAGCUGGGAACUAAUUCGAAACAAUAUCUGUACCCUACAUGAAGUUUUGGCUAGUAACCUGCUUUUGCUAAGACAAUAUUUCCACUGCUCAGCAAAUUGGUUCAUGCUGGUGUUGGACUCUGAAAGAUUCAAUGAUAACAUCAAGCACUGAUACUCCUUCAACUUUGUUGAUUUUUAAGAUAAAAGGCUUUUGAUUUGUAAAAGCUCACAAAAGUUUUAUUCUGUUAUAAUGCAUUCUUAAGUAAAUUUAUAAAUAUUAAUCAGCUCAUUCACCUCUGUUAACAAACUGCCAAAAAGUAAAAUAAAUUAUUUUAAAGCAAUAAAUAAUGCUGAAAUGUUCAGAUAUCAGGGGUUUGUACAAUGGCGGGGAUUACAUGUAUAAGGAAAAAUGGAUUAGGACUGAAAUGAUUGUAUUCUUUGCUUCAAUGAUGUGACAUCUGCCAUUAAAAUAGCGGAAAGGGAAACUAA